AUGGCACCACUGACAUCAUCAUGCUACAACUCCAUCACAAUGCGCUGGUGUGGAAAGAUGGAGAUGGAAGACGAAGAGGGAAUGGAACUAAAGGAGUCAAACAGUGUGUUUGGACCUUUUUGUGUGAUAUCAUGCCUGAAGAUAGAAGAGCCCUUGCCAGACAUGCCAUAUCCAAUGUAUUCAGCCACAAUGAAGAAUCUCAUCAUCUGCACCACUGCAUUCUCCCGGGAGGCUAAUGAAGAUAUCCGCCAGAAAGUGGAAGAAAUGUCUGGCAUCUAUGCCAAGCAACUCCAUGAAGUUCCUGUGGCAUCCGUGUCCAGCAUUGAGACCCGGAGCAAGGUCUUCAUAAACCUUGGCAUUGAGGACCCGAAGACAAGACCAAGGGGAGUCCUUGACCCUGUACCGAUGAUGGCAGUGGACACAUACGUAUUACAAGGUGCCAAGGAGUAA